AUGGGACCAGGUGGGCCCAAAGGACCAGGUGGGCCAGGGUCUCCUGGAAGUCCUGGAGGUCCAGGUGGGCCAGGAGGGCCAGGAGGCCCUGGUGGUCCUAAUGGUCCUGCUGCCCCUCAUGGGCCAGGACAACCAGGUGGACCUCUAGGUCCUGGUGGUCCAGGAGGUUCUUUAGGCCCAGGUGGUCCCAAUGGCCCAGGUGGGCCUGGUGGCCCUGGUAAACCCAAUGCUCCUGGUCAGCCUGGUGCUCCUGGUGGACCAGGUGGGCCUGGUGGCCCUGGUGGACCUGGAGGACCUAAAGGUCCUCUUAUGCCAGGUGGACCUGGGGGUCCUAACGGGCCAGGUGGUCCAAAUGGCCCUGGUGGGCCUGGUGGUCCCACUGUUCCAGCUGGCCCAGGUAAUCCUGGACAACCUGGCGGACCUGGAGGUCCUGGUGGACCUGGUGGGCCUGGUGGGCCUGGUGGACCUGGUGGACCUGGUGGGCCUGGUGAACCUGGAAAGCCUGGAAAGCCUGGAGAGAAACCGAAUAAUCCUGGAAGCCCUGGAGGACCAGGUGGACCAAAUGGACCUGGAGGGCCUGGUGGCCCUAGUGGACCUGGUGGACCUGGUGGACCUGGAGGUCCUGGUGGUCCUGGAGGAAUAGGUGGACCUGGAGGUCCUAAUGGCCCUGGUGGGCCUGGUGGACCUGGAUCUCCCAAUAUGCCAGGUGGACCUGGUGGGCCAGGUGGGCCAAAUGGCCCGGCAUCACCAAAAGGACCUGGUGAUCCCGGAGGACCUGGUGGACCAGGAGGGCUUGGUGGCCCAGGUGGUCCAGGAGGUCCUGGUGGCCCAGCUGUUCCUCUUGGACCAGGUCAACCUGGCAACCCUAACGGGCCAGGUGGUCCUGGUGGGCCAGGUGGUCCUGGUGGACCUGGUGGUCCAGGUGGACCUCAUGGGCCAGGUGGACCUGGUGGCCCUGGAGGGCCAGGCUCCUCUGGAAAACCUGGUAUACCUAGUAAACCUUCUGGUCCUGGGGAUCCUGGAGGACCAUUAGGACCUGGUGGCCCUGGAGGUCCUGGUGGCCCAGCUGGUGGACCAGGUCAACCUGGAGGUCCCAAUGGUCCUGGUGGACCAAACGGACCAGGUGGACCUCUGGGACCAGGUGGGCCUGGUGGACCUAAAGGCCCAUUGUCACCAGGUGGGCCAGGAGGACCUGGAGGACCUGGUGGACCAAAUGGUCCAGGUGGACCGAAUGGACCAACUCUUCCUGGAGGUCCAGGAGAACCUGGAGGACCUGAUGGGCCAGGUGGACCAGGAGGACCAGGUGGUCCUGGUGGUCCUGGUGGGCCUGGAGGGCCUGGUGGACCAAAAGUACCUGCUAAACCAGGUCAACCUGGAAAUCCUAGUGGUCCUGGUGGGAAUGGUGGUCCUGGGGGGCCUGGUGGUCCUGGUGGUCCAGGGGGACCUGGUGGUCCUCAAGGACCAGGAGGACCUCUUGGUCCUGGAGGACCUGGUGGCCCUGGUGGACCUGGAAGUCCUGGUGGCCCUGGUGGGCCAAAUGGUCCUGGUGGUCCUGGUGGACCUGGUGGACCAAAUGGUCUAACUCCUGCAGGAGGCCCUGGAAAACCCGGAGGACCUGGUGGACCAGGUGGACCAACAGGCCCAGGUGGGCCAGGGGGACCCGGCGGUCCUGGAGGGGCUGGUGGUCCAGGGGGACCAGGUGGUCCAGGUAUCCCUGGUGGCCCAGGGCAACCUGGUAAUCCCGGUGGCCCUGGUGGCCCUAAUGGACCUGGUGGACCUGGUGGACCUGGCGGGCCUGGUGGGCCAGGAGGCCCAUUAACUCCUGGUGGACCCGGUGGGCCAAAAGGACCUGGUGGCCCUGGUGGCCCUGGGGGACCUGGUGGACCUGCUGUACCUAGUAGACCUGGUGGACCUGGAGGCCCUGGUGGACCUGGCGGGCCUGGUGGACCUGGUGGACCUGGAGGACCUGGUGGACCUGGAGGACCUAGUGGACCGAGUGCUCCAAAAGGACCAGGGAAUCCUGGUGGACCUAAAGGACCUGGAGGCCCUAAUGGACCAGGUGGACCAAAUGGACCUGGUGGUCCUGGUGGACCUGGAGGGCCUGGUGGACCUGGUGGACCAGGUGGCCCUGGAGGUCCAAGUGGACCAGGAGGACCUGGUGGUGUAGGUGGUCCUGGGACACCUGGAAAGCCUGGUGGACCAAGUGGCCCAGGAGGACCUGGAGGACCAGGAGGACCUGGAGGAUCAACGCCUCCUGGAGGCCCUGGAGAGCCAGGAGGUCCAGGUGGACCAGGAGGUCCUGGAGGUAAAGGUGGACCUGGAGGUCCUGGAGGACCUGGUGGACCAGGAGGACCUUCUGUUCCCAGUGGGCCUGGUCAACCAGGAUCACCAAAUGGUCCAGGGGGGCCUGGGGGGCCUGGUGGACCAGGAGGUGAAGGAGGGCCAGGUGGACCUAGCGGACCUGGUGGCCCAGGGAAACCUGGUGGGCCUGGGGGACCCAAUGGGCCUGGUGGGCCAAAUGGACCUGGUGGGCCUGGAGGACCCGGAGGACCUGGUGGGAAGACACCGCCUGGUGGCCCGGGACAACCAGGAGGGCCAUUAGGCCCUGGUGGCCCAGGUGGUCCUGGUGGACCCGGUGGACCAGGUGGCCCUGGUGGUCCAGGCAGCAAGAUACCACCAGGUGGUCCAGGCCAACCUGGUGGGCCACAAGGUCCUGGAGGACCAGGAGGUCCAGGUGGACCAAAUGGACCUGGUGGUCCUGGGGGCCCAAGUGGCCCAUUGAGUCCUGGGGGACCUGGUGGUCCUGGUGGGCCAGGUGGACCUAAUGGUCCUGGAGGACCAGGUGGAAAAACACCGCCAGGGGGACCUGGGAAGCCUGGUGGGCCUAGAGGACCUGGAGGUCCAGGAGGCCCAGGUGGACCUGGUGGUCCUGGGGGCCCAGGCGGACCUGGUGGUCCUGGAGGCCCCGGAGGGCAAGGGGGAGAAACACGACCUAGUGGCCCUGGUAAACCGGGUGGUCCUGGAGGUCCCGGAGGGCCUAAUGGGCCAGGAGGAGCUGGCGGUCCUGGAGGACCUGGAGGGCCUGGAGGACCAGGAGGUCCAGGUGGCCCAUUUGGGCCUGGAGGUCCAGGAUCUAAUGGUGGACCUGGUGGGCCUGGUGGGCCUGGUGGGCCAGAUGGGCCUGGUGGUCCUGGGAGUAAAACACCUCCAGGAGGUCCUGGUGAACCUGGUGGUCCAUUAGGACCUGGAGGCCCUGGUGGCCCUGGAGGAACUGGUGGGCCUGGUGGGCCUGGGGGCCCAGGUGGACCUGGGAAGCCAAGUAGGCCUGGUGAACCUGGAGGUCCUGGAGGUCCAGGGGGACCAAAGGGACCUGGUGGUAUAGGUGGGCCAAAUGGACCUCUUUCUCCUGGUGGGCCAGGUGGGCCAAAUGGGCCUGGAGGCCCUGGUGGGCCUGGAGGACCUGGGGGGCCAAGUGCGCCUAAAGGACCUGGACAGCCUGGACAAGCUGGGGGAGCAGGCGGACCUGGUGGGCCUGGUGGUCCAGGAGGGCCUGGAGGGCCUGGUGGCCCUGGAGGGCCAACAAUACCAACAAAACCUGGAGGACCAGGGCAACCUAAUGGCCCAGGAGGACCAAAUGGUCCAGGUGGUUCUGGAGGCCCCGGAGGACCUGGUGGUCCUGGUGGGCCAGGAGGACCUGGAGGUCCUGGUGGACCUGGAGGACCACGGGGACCUGGUGGACCAGGUGGGCCUGAAGGACCUGGUUCACCAGGAGGCCCUGGUGGCCCCGGAGGCCCCGGAGGUCCUAAUGGUCCAGCAGUCCCAAGUGCACCAGGUAAUCCAGGAAAUCCAGGAGGACCUGGUGGACCCGGUGGCCCUGGUGGACCAGGUGGUCCAGGAGGACCUACUGUACCUUCUGGUCCUGGCCAACCUGGUAGUCCAGGAGGACCUGGAGGACCCGGAGGAUCUGGCGGACCUGGUGGGCCUGGUGGGCCUGGUGGACCUGGAAUGCCUGGAAGUCCUGGACAACCAAAUGGCCCUGGUGGACCAGGUGGUCCUGGAGGUCCUGGUGGACCAGGAAAACCAACGGAAAAACCUUCCGUUCCUGCACAACCUGGAAAUCCUGGUGGACCUCUAGGACCUGGUGGCCCUGGAGGGCCAGGUGGGCCUGGUGGGCCAGGUGGACCUGGUGGCCCAGGUGGGAAAACACCACCUGGAGGUCCAGGACAGCCAGGAGGCCCUAAUGGACCUGGUGGUCCAAAUGGACCUGGUGGACCACAAGGGCCUGGUGGACCAGGCGGCCCCAAGGGUCCAUUAUCUCCUGGUGGACCUGGAGGACCUGGAGGACCUGGUGGACCAAAUGGUCCUGGAGGACCAAAUGGGCCAACACCUCCUGGCGGGCCAGGUGCACCUGGUGGUCCUGAUGGCCCAGGAGGACCAGGAGGGCCAGGAGGACCAGGUGGACCAGGAGGUCCUGGGGGUCCUGGUGGACCCAAAGUCCCAGCCAAACCUGGACAGCCUGGGAAUCCUGGUGGCCCUGGAGGAAAUGGAGGUCCAGGAGGACCUGGUGGCCCUGGUGGCCCUGGAGGACCUGGAGGUCCACUAGGACCUGGUGGACCUCAUGGUCCAGGGGGCCCAGGUGGACCUGGUGGACCAGGAAGCCCAGGAGGCCCAGGAGGACCUAAAGGACCAGGAGGUCCAGGUGGACCUGGAGGCCCUAAUGGUCCAACUCCAGCAGGUGGUCCUGGGAAACCUGGUGGACCUGGUGGGCCAGGUGGACCAACAGGACCUGGGGGGCCAGGUGGCCCAGGAGGUCCAGGUGGCCCCGGAGGACCAGGUGGACCUGGGGGUCCAGGAAUUCCUGGGGGACCUGGACAACCUGGAAAUCCUGGAGGUCCUGGCGGACCUAAGGGACCAGGUGGACCUGGGGGUCCAGGUGGUCCGGCCAGUCCAGGAGGACCACUAGCUCCUGGUGGCCCUGGUGGUCCAAAUGGACCUGGUGGUCCAGGUGGUCCUGGGGGACCUGGUGGACCAACUGUACCAAGCAAACCUGGAGAACCUGGCCAACCUGGAGGACCUGGUGGACCUGGUGGAUCUGGAGGGCCUGGUGGGCCUGGUGGCCCAGGAGGACCUGGUGGACCAAGUGUGCCAAAAGGUCCAGGAAAUCCUGGAGCACCUAAAGGACCAGGUGGGCCUGAUGGGCCAGGUGGACCUAAUGGUCCAGGUGGUCCAGGUGGUCCUGGAGGGCCUGGGGGCCCAGGUGGUCCUAGUGGACCUGGAGGUUUGAAUGGCCCUGGCGGACCUGGUGGUGAAGGUGGACCUGGAACACCUGGUCAGCCUGGUGGUCCAGGGGGACCAGGAGGUCCUAAUGGACCUGGAGGUCCUGGAGGAAAAACUCCGCCUGGUGGUCCAGGAUCUCCUGGUGGUGCUGGCGGACCAGGUGGUCCUGGUGGUCCAGGUGGACCUGGAGGGCCUGGAGGACCAGGUGGACCUGGAGGUCCAGUUGUUCCUGGUGGACCUGGUCAGCCAGGAUCACCAAAUGGACCAGGAGGGCCUGGAGGUCCUGGUGGGCCAGGGGGUGAAGGUGGAACAGGUGGACCUGGAGGGCCUGGAGGACCAGGAGGACCUGGUGGUCCUGGUAAACCAGGAGGUCCUGGAGGUCCUAGUGGCCCAGGUGGACCAAAUGGACCAGGUGGACCUGGUGGACCUGGAGGUCCAGGUGGGAAAACACCACCUGGAGGUCCUGGUCAACCAGGAGGACCUCUAGGACCAGGUGGCCCAGGUGGCCCAGGGGGACCUGGUGGCCCAGGCGGGCCUGGUGGACCAGGUGGUAAGACACCUCCUGGUGGGCCUGGACAACCUGGUGGACCACAAGGACCUGGAGGACCUGGCGGCCCAGGUGGACCAAAUGGACCUGGAGGCCCAGGUGGACCAAAUGGACCUUUGACUCCAGGGGGACCUGGUGGACCUGGCGGGCCUGGUGGCCCUAAUGGCCCAGGUGGGCCAGGUGGUAAAACACCUCCUGGUGGCCCUGGAAAGCCUGGUGGACCUGAUGGUCCAGGAGGACCUGGUGGACCUGGAGGACCAGGUGGUCCUGGAGGACCUGGUGGACCUGGGGGUAAAACACCACCUGGUGGUCCUGGAAAGCCUGGUGGUCCUGGAGGUCCUGGAGGACCUAAUGGACCAGGUGGACCAGGAGGGCCUGGAGGACCUGGUGGGCCUGGAGGUGCAGGUGGACCAGGUGGACCAUUUGGGCCAGGUGGACCAGGAUCUAAUGGCGGACCUGGAGGACCAGGUGGGCCUGGAGGACCAGGAGGGCCUGGUGGACCUGGAGGUAAGGAACCCCCAGGAGGACCAGGUGAACCUGGUGGACCAUUAGGACCUGGAGGCCCUGGUGGGCCUGGUGGAAAUGGAGGACCGGGUGGUCCUGGUGGCCCUGGUGGACCUGGAAAACCAGGUGCGCCUGGCGAACCUGGUACUCCUAGUGGUCCAGGUGGGCCAAGUGGACCUGGUGGCAUUGGUGGUCCAAAUGGACCUCUUUCACCUGGUGGACCUGGUGGGCCAAAAGGGCCUGGUGGACCAGGUGGCCCUGGAGGUCCUGGAGGGCCAAGUGUUCCAAAACAGCCUGGACAACCUGGACAACCUGGUGGAGCAGGAGGGCCUGGUGGGCCUGGUGGGCCUGGAGGGCCUGGUGGACCUGGUGGCCCAGGAGGACCAAGUGUGCCAACAAAACCUGAAGGACCUGGACAACCAAAUGGGCCUGGUGGACCAAGUGGGCCUGGAGGACCUGGAGGACCUGGAGGACCAGGUGGGCCAGGUGGGCCUGGAGGACCAGGGGGUCCGGGAGGACCUGGUGGACCAAAAGGACCAAGUGGCCCUGGCGGACCAAGAGGACCAGGUUCGCCAGGAGGUCCUGGUGGACCAGGAGGGCCAGGUGGUCCAAAUGGUCCAGCUUCCCCAAGCGGACCAGGUAACCCUGGAAGUCCUGGAGGACCUGGUGGGCCUGGUGGCCCUGGUGGACCUGGUGGCCCAGGAGGACCUGCUGUACCUUCUGGGCCAGGUCAGCCAGGUAGUCCAGGAGGACCUGGAGGACCCGGAGGUGCAGGUGGACCUGGUGGACCUGGCGGACCUGGUGCACCCGGAAAGCCUGGUAGUCCUGGACAACCAUAUGGCCCUGGUGGACCUGAUGGCCCUGGUGGACCAGGUGGCCCUGGUGGACCUGGAAAACCUUCUGUUCCUGCACAACCAGGAACUCCUGGUGGACCUCUUGGACCUGGUGGGCCAGGAGGGCCAGGUGGCCCUGGUGGACCAGGCGGACCUGGUGGGCCAGGCGGAAAAACACCACCUGGUGGUCCUGGACAACCAGGAGGCCCUAGUGGACCUGGAGGCCCAAAUGGACCAGGUGGACCGCAAGGGCCAGGUGGACCAGGUGGCCCCAAGGGUCCAUUAUCUCUUGGUGGACCAGGAGGCCCUGGAGGACCUGGGGGACCUAAUGGUCCUGGUGGACCAAAUGGACCAACACCUCCUGGGGGGCCAGGUGAACCUGGUGGCCCUGAUGGCCCUGGUGGUCCAGGCGGUCCAGGUGGACCAGGUGGACCAGGAGGUCCAGGAGGUCCAGGUGGACCCAAAGUACCAGCGAAACCUGGGCAACCAGGGAAUCCUGGUGGUCCUGGUGGAAAUGGUGGGCCAGGAGGGCCUGGUGGUCCAGGUGGCCCUGGUGGCCCAGGAGGUCCACAAGGCCCUGGUGGACCAUAUGGUCCUGGGGGACCCGGAGGACCUGGGGGGCCAGGAAGUCCAGGGGGACCAGGAGGACCAAAAGGUCCAGGAGGGCCAGGUGGACCUGGGGGCCCUAAUGGUCCAACCCCAGCAGGUGGUCCUGGAAAACCUGGUGGACCAGGUGGACCAGGUGGACCAACAGGACCUGGUGGUCCGGGUGGCCCAGGGGGACCAGGUGGACCGAGAGGACCAGGUGGUCCUGGGGGUCCAGGAGUUCCUGGAGGACCUGGACAACCAGGGAGUCCGGGAGGUCCUGGUGGACCUAACGGACCUGGUGGACCAGGAGGUCCAGGUGGUCCGGGCAAUCCUGGAGGACCACUAACUCCUGGUGGCCCUGGUGGUCCAGAAGGACCUGGUGGUCCAGGUGGUCCAGGGGGACCUGGGGGGCCAACUGUACCAAGUAAACCCGGAGAGCCUGGACAACCUGGAGGACCUGGUGGACCUGGUGGAUCUGGAGGACCUGGAGGGCCUGGUGGCCCAGGGGGGCCUGGUGGACCAAGUGCACCGAAAGGUCCAGGUAAUCCUGGAGCAAAUAAAGGACCAGGCGGACCAGAUGGACCGGGAGGACCUAAUGGUCCAGGUGGUCCAGGUGGACCUGGAGGGCCUGGUGGCCCAGGUGGCCCUGGUGGGCCUGGAGGUAUACAUGGCCCUGGAGGACCGGGUGGUGAAGGUGGUCCUGGGACACCGGGUCAACCUGGUGGUCCAGGAGGACCCGGUGGACCUGGAGGAAAAACUCCCACUGGUGGGCCUGGCAACCCAGGCAGGCCUGGUGGACCAGGUGGUCCUGGGGGUCAAAGGGGACCUGGAGGUCCUGGAGGACCAGGUGGACCAGGAGGUCCUACUGUUCCUAGUGGACCUGGUCAACCAGGAUCACCAAAUGGACCAGGGGGUCCUGGUGGGCCAGGUGGUCCUGGAGGUGAAGGUGGUCCUGGUGGACCUGGAGGUCCUGGUGGGCCUGGUGGCCCAGGUGGCCCUGGAAAUCCUGGAGGCCCUGGAGGACCAAAUGGACCUGGUGGCCCAAAUGGACCUGGUGGACCUGGGGGACCAGGAGGUCCAGGUGGACAAACACCACCUGGUGGCCCUGGUGAACCAGGGGGACCUCUUGGGCCUGGUGGCCCAGGUGGCCCUGGUGGCCCAGGUGGUCCUGGAGGACCUGGUGGACCUGGAGGUAAGACACCACCUGGUGGGCCAGGGCAACCUGGUGGGCCACAAGGGCCAGGAGGACCAGGGGGUCCUGGUGGACCAAAUGGACCUGGAGGUCCUGGAGGUCCAAAUGGACCAUUAAGCCCUGGUGGACCUGGUGGGCCUGGUGGGCCUGGUGGUCCUAAUGGUCCAGGUGGACCAGGAGGAAAAACACCUCCAGGAGGUCCUGGAGAACCUGGUGGACCUGAUGGACCUGGAGGUCCUGGGGGACCUGGGGGACCUGGUGGUCCAGGAGGGCCGGGUGGUACGGGAGGGCCUAGUGGUGCUGGUGGAAGAUCACCUCCUGCUGUUCCUGGAAUACCUGGUAAUCCAGGAGGUCCAGGGGGACCUAAUGGACCUGGUGGACCAGGUGGGUCUGGGGGACCGGGUGGUCCAGGGGGGCCAGGUGGGCCUGGUGGACCAGGUGGACCAGGUGGACCAUUUGGACCAGGUGGCCCUGGAUCUCAAGGAGGACCUGGUGGACCUGGAGGACCUGGAGGGCCUGGUGGGCCUGGUGGCCCAGGUGGUAAAACACCCCCUGGUGGCCCUGGAGAACCUGGUGGACCAUUAGGGCCUGGAGGUCCUGGUGGACCUGGUGGAAAUGGAGGACCUGGUGGCCCAGGUGGCCCAGGUGGACCUGGAAAACCAAGUGGACCUGGUCAACCUGGUGGUCCAGAUGGCCCAGGUGGACCAAAAGGACCUGGUGGAAUUGGAGGACCAAAUGGACCUCUUUCUCCUGGUGGACCUGGUGGACCUAAAGGGCCUGGAGGUCCAGGUGGUCCUGGGGGACCUGGAGGGCCUAAUGUUCCGGAGACGCCGGGACAGCCUGGGCAACCUGGUGGUGCAGGUGGACCUGGUGGUCCUGGAGGUCCUGGUGGACCUGGUGGACCAGGUGGGCCUGGGGGACCAACAAUACCAAUAAAACCUGCAGGACCUGGACAACCUAAUGGUCCUGGUGGACCAAAUGGGCCAGGAGGACCUGGUGGACCUGGUGGGCCUGGUGGACCUGGAGGAGCAGGUGGUCCAGGAGGACCUGGUGGACCUGGUGGACCAAAAGGACCAAGUGGUCCAGGUGGGCCCAAAGGACCAGGAUCACCAGGAGGUCCUGGUGGCCCAGGAGGGCCUGGUGGCCCUAAUGGACCAGCAGUGCCAAGUGGUCCUGGUAAUCCAGGGAAUCCUGGAGGACCUGGUGGACCUGGUGGGCCUGGUGGACCUGGAGGUCCUGGUGGACCUGCUGUACCCUCAAGUCCUGGCCAACCAGGCAAUCCUGGGGGUCCUGGAGGACCAGGUGGACCAGGAGGACCUGGUGGACCAGGUGGUCCUGGUGGACCUGGAAAACCUGGAGGUCCUGGACAACCAGAGGGACCAGGGGGACCUGGUGGACCUGGUGGACCUGGUGGACCUGGUGGACCUGGUGGACCUGGUGGACCUGGUGGUCCUGGAGGUCCAGGCAAACCCACUGAAAAACCUUCUGUGCCAGCACAACCUGGUAACCCUGGUGGACCUUUAGGUCCUGGUGGACCUGGUGGACCAGGAGGUCCUGGUGGUCCUGGUGGACCUGGUGGUCCUGGAGGGAAAACACCUCCUGGUGGUCCAGGACAACCUGGUGGUCCUAAAGGACCUGGUGGUCCAAAUGGACCAGGUGGACCACAAGGGCCUGGUGGACCUGGUGGCCCGAAAGGCCCAUUGUCGCCUGGUGGACCUGGAGGCCCUGGAGGACCUGGUGGACCAAAUGGUCCAGGAGGACCGAAUGGACCUACACCUCCAGGUGGCCCAGGCAAACCUGGUGGACCUGAUGGUCCUGGUGGACCAGGCGGACCAGGUGGACCUGGUGGACCAGGAGGUCCAGGGGGUCCUGGUGGACCCAAAGUUCCUUCUACACCUGGACAGCCUGGGAAUCCAGGGGGCCCUGGUGGAAAUGGUGGACCCGGAGGACCAGGUGGCCCAGGAGGUCCCGGUGGACCUGGAGGUCCUGAAGGUCCUGGUGGACCUCAUGGCCCAGGUGGCCCAGGGGGACCUGGUGGACCAGGAAGUCCUGGGGGACCAGGAGGACCAAAGGGGCCAGGAGGACCUGGUGGACCUGGAGGCCCUAAUGGUCCAACUCCUGCAGGUGGUCCUGGAAAACCUGGAGGACCUGGUGGGCCAGGUGGACCAACAGGUCCUGGUGGGCCUGGUGGACCGGGUGGCCCAGGAGGCCCAGGUGGACCUGGCGGACCUGGAGGUCCUGGAGUACCUGGAGUGCCUGGGCAACCUGGAAACCCUGGGGGUCCUGGGGGACCUAAUGGGCCUGGUGGUCCUGGUGGUCCAGGUGGACCAGGCAGUCCAGGUGGCCCGCUAACUCCUGGUGGCCCUGGUGGUCCAAAAGGACCUGGUGGUCCUGGUGGUCCCGGUGGUCCUGGUGGACCAGCUGUACCAAGUAAGCCUGGGGAGCCUGGACAACCUGGAGGACCUGGUGGACCUGGUGGAUCUGGUGGACCAGGUGGUCCUGGAGGCCCUGGGGGUCCUGGAGGACCGAGUACUCCCAAAGGCCCAGGAAAUCCUGGAGCACCUAAAGGACCAGGUGGGCCUGAUGGGCCAGGUGGACCUAAUGGUCCAGGUGGUCCAGGUGGUCCUGGAGGGCCUGGUGGCCCAGGUGGUCCUGGUGGACCUGGAGGUAUGAAUGGCCCUGGCGGACCUGGUGGUGAAGGUGGACCUGGAACACCUGGUCAGCCUGGUGGUCCAGGAGGACCAGGAGGUCCAAAUGGACCUGGAGGUCCUGGUGGAAAAACUCCUCCUGGUGGUCCAGGAAAACCUGGUGGUCCUGGUGGUCCAGGUGGUCCUGGGGGUAAAGGUGGACCUGGAGGGCCUGGAGGGCCUGGUGGACCCGGAGGUCCUGCUGUGCCCAGUGGGCCUGGUCAGCCAGGAUCACCUAAUGGACCAGGUGGUCCUGGAGGGCCUGGUGGACCAGGUGGUGAUGGUGGUCCUGGCGGACCUGGUGGACCUGGUGGGCCAGGUGGACCAGGUGGGCCUGGAAAACCUGGUGGGCCUGGAGGGCCAAAUGGCCCAGGUGGACCAAAUGGACCUGGUGGACCUGGCGGACCAGGAGGACCAGGUGGAAAAACACCACCUGGGGGCCCCGGUGAGCCUGGAGGGCCUCUUGGGCCUGGUGGUCCAGGUGGUCCUGGAGGGCCUGGUGGACCAGGAGGUCCAGGUGGACCUGGUGGGAAGACACCACCUGGUGGUCCAGGUCAACCUGGGGGCCCACAAGGACCUGGAGGUCCAGGAGGUCCAGGUGGACCAAAUGGUCCUGGUGGUCCAGGUGGGCCAAAUGGACCUUUAAGUCCUGGGGGACCUGGGGGACCCGGUGGGCCUGGUGGGCCAAAUGGACCAGGAGGACCAGGUGGUCAAACACCUCCUGGAGGUCCUGGGAAACCAGGUGGACCUGGUGGACCAGGGGGACCUGGAGGUCCUGGAGGACCCGGUGGUCCUGGAGGACCUGGUGGACCUGGUGGAAAAACACCCCCUGGAGGUCCUGGUGAGCCCGGUGGUCCACAGGGUCCAGGAGGACCAAGUGGACCUGGGGGACCAGGAGGACCUGGGGGACCUGGUGGGCCCGGGGGUCCUGGUGGACCAGGUGGUGCAUUUGGGCCAGGUGGUCCUGGAUCUCAAGGAGGGCCUGGUGGACCUGGUGGACCUGGAGGGCCAGGUGGGCCUGGUGGCCCAGGUGGUAAAACACCCCCUGGUGGCCCAGGUGAACCUGGUGGACCAUUAGGCCCUGGUGGCCCUGGUGGGCCUGGUGGAAAUGGGGGGCCUGGAGGUCCUGGUGGACCAGGUGGACCUGGAAAACCUGGUGCACCUGGCACACCUGGGACUCCCGGUGGGCCAGGUGGGCCAAAGGGACCUGGUGGCAUUGGAGGUCCAAAUGGACCUCUUUCUCCUGGUGGACCUGGUGGCCCAAAAGGGCCUGGUGGACCAGGUGGUCCUGGAGGACCUGGAGGGCCUAGUGUUCCAGAAACUCCUGGUGAGCCUGGACAGCCUGGUGGAGCCGGUGGACCUGGUGGUCCUGGUGGCCCUGGUGGUCCUGGUGGACCAGGUGGCCCAGGGGGGCCAACUGUGCCAACAAAACCAGGAGGACCUGGACAACCUAAUGGACCUGGUGGAUCUAGUGGACCUGGAGGUCCAGGUGGGCCUGGCGGGCCAGGAGGGCCAGGUGGUCCAGGAGGACCUGGUGGGCCUGGAGGACCUGGUGGACCAAAAGGACCAAGUGGUCCAGGUGGAAUUAAUGGUCCUGGGUCUCCUGGAGGGCCUGGUGGACCAGGAGGGCCUGGUGGCCCUAAUGGACCAGCAGUGCCAAGUGGUCCUGGUAAUCCGGGAAAUCCUGGAGGACCUGGUGGACCUGGUGGGCCUGGUGGACCUGGAGGUCCUGGUGGACCUGCUGUACCCUCAAGUCCUGGCCAACCCGGCAAUCCUGGGGGUCCUGGAGGACCAGGUGGACCUGGAGGACCUGGUGGACCAGGUGGUCCUGGUGGACCUGGGAAACCUGGAGGUCCUGGACAACCAGAGGGACCAGGGGGACCUGGCGGACCAGGUGGACCUGGUGGUCCUGGCGGUCCUGGAGGUCCAGGCAAACCCACUGAAAAACCUUCUGUGCCAGCACAACCUGGUAACCCUGGUGGACCUUUAGGUCCUGGUGGACCUGGUGGACCAGGAGGCCCUGGUGGUCCUGGUGGACCUGGUGGUCCUGGAGGGAAAACACCUCCUGGUGGUCCAGGACAACCUGGUGGUCCUAAAGGACCUGGUGGUCCAAAUGGACCAGGUGGACCACAAGGGCCUGGUGGACCUGGUGGCCCGAAAGGCCCAUUGUCGCCUGGAGGACCUGGAGGUCCUGGAGGACCUGGUGGACCAAAUGGUCCAGGAGGACCAAAUGGACCUACACCCCCUGGCGGUCCUGGUGAACCAGGCGGACCUAGUGGACCUGGUGGGCCUGGUGGGCCUGGUGGGCCAGGGGGACAAGGAGGUCCAGGUGGUCCAGGUGGGCCAAAUGUUCCGAGCAAGCCUGGCCAACCUGGAAACCCAGGUGGCCCAGGAGGACCUGGUGGAGAAGGUGGACCUGGAGGUCCAAAUGGACCCGGAGGACCAGGUGGCCCUGGUGGACCUGGUGGUAUGGGUGGACCUGGUGGUCCAGGUAGUCCAGGUGGUCCAGGAAGUCCUGGUGGUCCUGGGGGACCAAAUGGCCCUGGUGGUCCUGGAGGUCCUGGAGGCCCCGGUGGGAAGACACCGCCUGGUGGGCCUGGAAAACCAGGAGGACAAGGUGGUCCUGGAGGACCAUCAGGUCCUGGUGGUCCAGGAGGCCCUGGAGGGCCUGGUGGCCCGCAAGGUCCUGGAGGACCAGGUGGGCCAUCAGUUCCUAGUGGUCCUGGACAGCCUGGAAGCCCAGGAGGUCCAGGUGGCCCAAAUGGACCUGGAGGUCCUGGGGGGCCUGGAGGCCUUAGUGGACCAGGUGGACCACUUACUCCUGGUGGUCCUGGUGGGCCGAAAGGACCUGGAGGACCUGGAGGGCCAGGCGGUCCAAGUGGGCCUACUGUUCCAAAUAGACCUGGAGAACCUGGUAACCCUGGCGGACCUGGUGGACCUGGAGGACCUGGUGGACCUGGUGGAAUUGGUGGACCUGGUGGACCUGGUGGACCAAGUCUUCCAAAAGUUCCUGGAAAUCCCGGAGGACCUAGGGGUCCUGGGGGACCUCUUGGACCUGGAGGACCUGGUGGGCCGGGAGGACCAGGUGGGCCCGGCGGACCUGGAGGACCUGGUGGUCCUGGUGGUAGUGGUGGUCCUGGAAGCCCUGGAGCCCCUGGGGGACCAAAUGGCCCUGGUGGUCCUGGCGGCCCUGGUGGACCUGGAGGACCAACUGUACCAGGAGGACCUGGUAAGCCAGGAAACCCUGGUGGUCCAGGAGGUCCUGGUGGACCUGGUGGUCCUUCUGUGCCAAGUGGACCUGGUCAACCUGGAAAUCCAAAUGGCCCAGGUGGACCAGGAGGAAUUGGUGGACCAGGAGGAGAGGGUGGCCCUGGUGGUCCUGGGCAACCUGGAGGCCCUAGUGGGCCAGGUGGUCCUGGGGGACCCAAUGGACCUGGUGGGCCAGGUGGUCCUGGUGGCCCUGGAGGUAAAACACCACCUGGAGGACCAGGUGAACCAGGCGGUCCUCUUGGACCAGGUGGUCCUGGAGGGCCUGGUGGGCCUGGGGGCCCUAGCGGUCCAGGUGGUCCAGGUGGAAAAACUCCACCUGGUGGACCUGGACAGCCUGGGGGACCAAAUGGUCCAGGUGGUCCAAAUGGCCCUGGGGGUCCAGGUGGUCCUGGAGGACCUGGUGGCACUAACGGUCCAAUGAACCCUGGAGGUCCUGGAGGUCCAAAUGGUCCUGGUGGUCCAAAUGGCCCAGGUGGACCUGGAGGGCCGAAAACACCAAGUGGUCCAGGUAUGCCUGGAAAUCCUGGUGGCCCUGGUGGUCCUGGUGGGCCUGGUGGACCUGGUGGGCCAGGUGGAAAUGGUGGCCCAGGUGGUCCAACAACUCCAAAUUCCCCUGGUCAACCUGGUCGCCCAGGUGGUCCAGGUGGUCCUGGUGGUCCUGGGGGCCCUGGUGGUCCUGGUGGACCAGGUGGACCUGGAGGACCAGGAGGACCUGGAGGAGCUUUUGGACCUGGUUCACCAGGUACACCUGGAGGUCCUGGAGGACCUGGUGGACCAGGCGGACCAAAUGGCCCGUCUCCUGGAGGACCAGGUGAACCUGGGGGCCCAUUAGGCCCAGGUGGGCCUGGUGGGCCUGGAGGGCCAGGAGGACCCAGUGGACCUGGUGGACCUGGAGGACCUGGUACACCUAAUGGACCAGGACAACCUGGUGGACCUGGAGGACCUGGAGGACCAAAAGGACCAGGUGGCCCAGGUGGACCAAACGGACCAUUGAUGCCUGGUGGUCCUGGUGGGCCUAAUGGGCCUGGAGGGCCUGGUGGACCAGGUGGACCAAAUGGACCUGCAGUUCCUGAACGGCCUGGAAAUCCUGGAAGACCUGGUGGGGCUGGCGGUCCUGGUGGACCUGGUGGACCUGGAGGACCCGGUGGUCCUGGAGGGCCUGGUAUUCCUGGAGGACCAAGUGUUCCUGGAAUACCUUCAACACCAGAAGGACCUAAAGGACCUGGUCAGCCUCUUGGCCCAGGAGGACCAGGAGGACCAGGAGGACCAGGUGGUCCUGGUGGGCCUGGAGGACCAGGAGGACAAGGUGGUCCUGGAGGUCCAAAAGGACCUGGAGGACCAGGUGGACCAGGUGGACCUGGAGCUCCGAAUAGUCCCGGUGGGCCAGGUGGACCAGGUGGUCCUAAUGGACCAACUCCACCAGGUGGACCAGGCGAGCCUGGGGGACCAGGUGGACCAGGUGGACCGGGUGGCCCAGGAGGUCCUGGUGGACCAGGAGGACCCAGUGUACCAUCUGGCCCUGGGCAGCCUGGUGGUCCCGGGGGACCUGGUGGUCCUGGAGGACUAGGUGGCCCUGGAGGGCCAGGUGGCCCUGGGACUCCUGGAAAACCUGGUGGACCAGGAUCACCUGGUGGUCCAGGUGGUCCAGGAGGUCCAGGAGGACCAAGUGGACCUGGUGGUCCCCACGGACCUGGUGGUCCUGGAAAAAAACCUGGGCCAGGUAAACCUGGACAACCUGGUGCACCAACUGGGCCAGGUGGCCCUGGUGGACCUGGUGGCCCUGGGGGACCAGGAGGACCUGGGGGACCUGGAGGCCCUACCCCUCCAGGUGGACCUGGUAUGCCAGGUGGUCCAAAUGGUCCUGGAGGGCCUGGAGGCCCUGGUGGACAAGGAGGCCCUGGGGGACCUGGUGGGCCUGGAGGACCUGGUUCACCCAAUGGACCAGGUGGUCCAGGUGGACCUGGAGGACCAAAUGGGCCUGGUGGUCCAGGAGGAAAAACGCCUCCUGGAAAACCUGGUGAACCUGGAGGUCCUCAAGGACCAGGAGGGCCUGGUGGUCCAGGGGGACCUGGAGGCCCUGGUGGACCUGGUGGACCAGGUGGAAAGACACCUCCUGGAGGUCCAGGACAACCAGGUGGCCCAAAUGGACCUGGAGGUCCUGGAGGACCUGGUGGUAUUGGCGGUCCUGAUGGUCCUGGUGGUCCUGGUGGACCAGGUGGUCCUGGGGGACCAUCGGGUCCUGGGGGACCAACAGGUCCUGGUGGACCUGGUAGUCCAGGUGGACCUGGGGGACCCAAUGGGCCUGGAGGACCUGGAGGUCCUGGUGGGCCAGGUGGACCAACUAAGCCUGGUGGUCCAGGCCAACCUGGAGGACCUGGAGGUCCUGGAGGCCCGUCUGGGCCUGGUGGACCUGGAGGACCUGGAGGACCAGGUGGCCCAGGUGGACCUGGUGGCCCUAAUGGACCUGCUGUUCCAAGUGGACCUGGACAACCAGGAAGCCCUGGUGGACCCGGUGGGCCGAAUGGGCCAGGUGGACCAAAUGGACCUGGAGGGCCAGGAGGUCCAGAAGGGCCAUUAUCACCUGGUGGUCCAGGUGGGCCAAAUGGACCUGGUGGACCAAAUGGGCCUGGUGGGCCUGAUGGUGCAACAAUGCCUGGUGGCACUGGAAAACCUGGAGGACCUGGAGGUCCAGGUGGUCCUGGUGGGCCCGGUGGGCCUGGAGGGCCUGGGGGACCUGGAGGACCAAAUGGACCAAGUGUUCCUGCAGUACCGGGAAGCCCUGGAUCUCCUGGAGGACCUGGUGGCCCUGGUGGACCUGGAGGUCCUGGUGGUCCUGGUGGACCUGGUGGUCCUGGUGGGGCUGGAGGUCCUGGUGGACAGAAUGGACCAGGAGGACCAGGUGGUCCUAGUGGACCUGGCCUACCCGGAGGCCCUGGUGGGCCUGGAGGUUUAGGUGGACCUGGAGGACCAGGUGGUCCAAAUGGCCCUACAAAACCUGGAGGGCCUGGUGAACCAGGUGGUCCAUUAGGGCCAGGAGGUCCAGGUGGACAAGGUGGACCUGGAGGACCAGGUGGUCCAGGAGGACCUGGAUCAAAAGAAGGACCAGGGGGACCAGGUCAGCCUGGUGGCCCUGGUGGCCCUGGGGGGCCAAAGGGUCCAGGUGGACCACAAGGACCAGGCGGGCCAGGUGGGCCUACUGGACCACUGUCGCCUGGUGGACCUGGUGGCCCUAAUGGCCCAGGUGGUCCAGGUGGACCUGGUGGACCAGGUGGGCCCUCAGUUCCUUCUGUUCCUGGGCAGCCUGGUAAACCAGGAGGGGCUGGUGGUCCAGGUGGACCUGGUGGUCCUGGUGGUCCUGGCGGCCCUGGGGGACCAGGUGGUCCAAGCACUCCUGGUGGCCCUGGUAAGCCAGGAGGACCAGGAGGUCCUGGUGGUAUAGGUGGACCUGGUGGACCAGGGGGACCUGGAGGGCCUGGUGGCCCCAGUGGUCCUGGUGGAGCAAAGAUACCUGAAAAGCCAGCAAUUCCCAGUGGUCCGACAAUUCCACCUGGAAAACCAGGUGGUCCUGGUACGCCAGGUGGUCCUGGUGGUCCUGAAGGUCCUGGUGGACCAGGGAAGCCAGGAGGACCUGGUGGCCCAAAUGGGCCAGGAGGACCUGGUGGUCCAGGUGGGCCUAAUGGGCCAGGUGGACCAAAUGGUCCAGGUGGUCCUGGGGGGCCAUCGGUACCCAGUGGCCCAGGACAACCUGGAGGAAUAGGUGGACCUGGCGGGCCUUCAGGACCUGGUGGACCUGGUGGGCCUGGUGGGCCUGGGGGUCAAGGAGGUCCUGGUGGGCCUGGAGGAGCCACACCACCUGGCGGUCCAGGAGAACCAGGAGGACCAACUGGACCUGGAGGGCCGAAAGGUCCUGGUGGCCCUGGAGGACCAGGUGGGCCAGGUGGGCCAGGUGGACCAUUAAGUCCUGGAGGACCUGGUGGACCAAAUGGUCCUGGUGGUCCAGGUGGGCCUGGAGGCCCUGGUGGUCCAGCAGUUCCUGCUGGGCAUGGAGAACCUGGUUCUCCAGAAGGACCCGGUGGACCUGGGGGACCUGGAGGUCCUGGUGGUCCUGGUGGACCUGGUGGUCCAGGUGGUUCUACGCCACCUGGUAAGCCAGGAACACCUGGUUCCCCAGAAGGACCGGGUGGUCCUGGUGGCCCUGGAGGUCCUGGUGGCAUUGAGGGACCAGGAGGGCCAGGUGGCCCUGGUGGUCCUGGUGGGCAAGGUGGACCAGGGGGACCUGGUGGGGCUGGUGGACCGGGAAGCCCUGGAGGACCAGGCGGACCAAAUGGACCUGGUGGUCCAAAUGGGCCUGCAGUACCCAGCACUCCUGGUUCUCCUGGAAAACCAGGAGGACCUGGUGGACCAGGUGGUAAUGGAGGGCCAGGAGGACCAGGAGGGCCCGGUGGUCCUGGAGGUCCUGCAGUACCUAGUGGACCUGGUCAACCUGGAUCACCUGGUGGACCCGGUGGACCAAAUGGUCCAGGUGGACCAAAAGGUCCUGGUGGACCAAAGGGUCCACAGGGACCAGGAUCUCCAAAUGGACCAGGUGGACCUGGUGGCCCAGGUGGACCUAAUGGACCUGGUGGACCAAAUGGUCCAACACCGCCUGGGGGCCCAGGGCAACCUGGUGGUCCUGGUGGUCCUGGAGGACCUGGCGGACCUGGAGGUCCUGGUGGACCUGGUGGACCCGGGGGACCAGGUGGUCCUGGAAAGCCUGGAGGACCUGGUAAACCUGGAGGAACUGGCGGUCCUGGGGGACCAUUAGGCCCUGGUGGCCCUGGUGGACCUGGUGGUCCUGGUGGACCAGGUGGUCCUGGUGGUCCUGGAGGAUUAAGUGGACCAGGUGGACCAAGUGGACCUGGGGGACCUGGUAGUCCUGGAGGACCUGGUGGCCCAGGUGGGCCUGGAGGACCUAAAGGACCUGGUGGGCCGGGUGGGCCAACACCACCUGGUGGACCAGGUGAACCUGGAGGAAUACUUGGUCCUGGUGGACCAGGAGGACCUGGUGGCCCAGGUGGCCCGGGCGGGCCCGGUGGGCCUGGUGGUACAGUUAUACCUAGUGGACCUGGACAACCAGGAAGUCCAAGUGGCCCAGGUGGUCCUAAAGGACCAGGUGGCCCCGGUGGACCAGGUGGUCCUGGUGGCCCUGAGGGGCCUCUUAUGCCAGGAGGUCCAGGAGGGCCUAAAGGACCUGGUGGUCCUGGCGGACCUGGUGGGCCUGGUGGGCCUGCUGUUCCUGGAAACCCUGGUCAGCCAGGAAAUCCUGGUGGUGCUGGUGGUCCAGGUGGGCCAGGAGGUCCUGGUGGGCCUGGAGGACCAGGAGGGCCUAAAGGACCUACUAGACCUGGUGGGCCUGGUGAGCCUGGUGGACCAGGAGGCCCUGGUGGUCCUGGCGGGUCAGGGGGACCUGGUGGUCCUGGCGGGCCUGGCGGUCCAGGUGGGCCUGGAGGACCUGCAAUUCCUGGUGGUCCUGCUAUACCUUCCCAACCUACUAUCCCUAGUACUCCUGGUACCCCUGGCACUCCUAGUAUACCUGGGAUCCCUGGUACCCCUGGCACACCUGGCACACCUGGUACCCCUGGUACCCCUGGUAUUCCUGGACAACCUGGAGGCCCAGGGCAACCUGGUACUCCUGGGGGUCCUGGUGGGCCAGGAGGACCUGGGCAGCCUGGUGGACCUGGUCAACCAGGUGGAAUACUCGGACCUGGUGGUCCUGGUGGGCCUGGAGGUCCUGGUGGGCCUGGUGGAAUCUGUGGUCCAGGUGGUCCUGGUGGACCUGGUGGACUCCCAGGAAAACCAUGCUCAGGAGGAGAACCAGGUGGACCCUUAGGACCAGGUGGUCCUGGUGGACCUGGAGGUCCUGGUGGACCUGGUGGACCAGGUGGACCAAACGGGCCAACCCCUCCUGGAGGACCUGGUGAACCUGGUGGUCCAAAUGGUCCUGGUGGGCCACAAGGACCUGGUGGUCCUGGAGGUCCAGGCGGGCCUGGCGGGCCUAAUGGUCCAUUGUCGCCAGGUGGCCCUGGUGGACCUGGUGGUCCUGGUGGACCAGGUGGCCCGGGAGGGCCAGAUGGCCCAACACCACCUGGGGGACCUGGCGAACCUGGUGGGCCUGGUGGUGCUGGUGGACCAGGGGGUCCAGGCGGUCCUGGAGGACCUGGUGGUCCAGGAGGUCCAGGUGGACCGGGAACCCCUGGUCAGCCUGGUGUACCUGGUAAACCAGGUGUACCAGGAACUGAAACAGGUGGAUUAUUUGAUAUUGCGUUUAUCAUUGACGCAUCUCGUUCUGUUGGCGGGGAAGCUAAAUUCAAGUUGAUAAUUCAAUUUGUAAAAUACAUCGUCGAUAAUUUCCCCGUCUCGCAAGCCGGGACGCGCUUUGCCGUGGUGUUAUAUGACGAUCUCGAUGGCUACCUUAUUCUUGACUUCAAAUCAACCAUCACGAGCGCUUCAGUAAUCCAAGCACUGGAUAACAUUCGAUACCCGAUUCCACAGAAGUCAAAGCCACCCGUUCUCACAGCGUUCAGUCACGCUCUGAUUCUCGCCAACGAGAUUCUCUUCAACGUCCAAUACCGUGCUGGUGCCUCGAAAUACUUGAUAACUCUUACCACUGGAAUGACUUUCCCAAGAGCGGGUAGGCCGAGUAAAGCCCUCAGAAGGGCUGGUGUGGACAUAUAUUCUGUUGAUCUGAGUGAAGCGGGAAGUGCUGACUUAGAAAAGAUCGUUAGCCCUGUACCUUCGGCGCAUAUCAUGAAGACAAGCUAUGAUAAACUGGUCGUCCUUGCCUCAAAAAUGAUUGUCAAUCUUAAACACAAUCCGAAAGGUCCAUCGAUUUCAAAUUUCAAACCACGGCCUGCUUAUCUUCCGUAUCGUCCUCCGGGUCUUCUUCCAGCUCCAGGCCAACUAACACCAAGUCACCAUAGACCUGCAAGUAUUCAUGGGGUACACAUGGACAUCUGGUAUUCAAUCAAAGGUAGAAAUCUAAUCAAUCUGGAACAAGAUAAAAGGUAUCCGAGCCAACCAGACGUGACUAAGAUUAUAGAAGAUCUGGCAUCGCCAUUGAAUAUGGGAGACAAUUAUGGGCUGAGACUCAGAGCGUACUUUGUGGCGCCAGAGACAGGAACGUAUGUUUUUUACUUGUCGGGUGACGAUGAAUGCGCCUUGUACUUAAGUACGAAUGACAAACCAGACAACAAAAAGAGAAUUAUUCUUCUUCCUGGGGGAAAACACACUAUGAAAGAUCAGUGGGAUAAGUACCCUGAACAGAAAUCGGCUGACACCAGCCUAACCUUCGGUCAAAUUUACUACAUCGAGGUUCUGUUGAAGGAAAGUCAUGGAAGCGAUCACGUCAGCGUCGGCAUAAAAUUGCCCUCGACCAGUGAGGUGAAAUUAAUUGAGAAAAAAUACCUUUUCACCGAGCGACCAAUGAUUGUCAUACACCGCAAGCCUGUGUUGCCUCCAGUACAACCUGUUUCGCCAGUCAAACCAGUCUCACCAAUUCCAGCUCCCUCGCCAACCGACCUUGAAAUUCAAGUAACCUGGACGAGCCUAUCGAAGCCAAUGAAGCAGAUCGAUACGGGCAUAACAACCACCGUCUGGGCGACUGAUGCGGUUCAAGACAUUUACUAUCUUAACGGCCGAACCUUUGAGAAGGUGGAAGGCAAACUGAUUCAUGUCUCGUCAGGGGCGGCUGGUGUUUGGGGCGUCAAUGCGCAAAAUAAUAUCUUCUACAGGGAAGGCUCAAAUACUGGCUCCAAGGGCACAAGUUGGAAACUCAUCGGAGGUGCCUUGAUACAGAUUGAUUCAGGUCCCAAGGGAGUGGUUUGUGGUGUCAACAAAGCAAUGCACAUCUAUUGUAGAACAGGUAUUACGGACGCACAGCUCUCUGGAACAAAGUGGGAAAAAAUAUCUGGGUCGCUGAGCUAUAUAUCCUGUGGAGCAUACGGUUAUUGGGGUGUUACCCAAAGUGGCGAGAUUUACUUCACUGCGCUUACGAGCGGUGCCAACACAAAAUGGACGAAGAUUGACGGCAGUCUCACGCAAAUCGAAGCUGGUCCCGAUGGUCAGGUUUGGGGUGUAAAUUCAAACAAGGAACUGUACACGAGGAUCGGCGUAACCCAGAACUCACCAUCAGGGUUUAAAUGGAAGAAGAUUGGAUCUAGGAGUUUCGUCUUUGUUACCGUUGGCCAAAAUAAAGUUUAUGCUCUUGACGUAGGGUAUACCGUAUAUAUCGGUUCUGUUGCUGUUCAAAAUCCAGGUGUUGUUGGAGGGCCAGGUUCAUUACCACCAAAUAUAGUGGGAGGACCGGGAAGCCUACCGCCUCAAAAUAUCAUGAUGACAAUACGAGUUUCUUGGAAAUCUUUGAGUAAGCCGAUGGUCCAAAUCGACACUGGAAUGACGCCAUCAACUUGGGCAACAGACGCCAACUAUGCUAUUUACGAACUGAAGGGCGACGCUUUCGUGCCAGUGGAGGGUAAACUCAGCCACGUUUCAUCUGGUGCCGCUGGUGUUUGGGGUGUGAAUACAGCUUCAAACAUCUUCUACAGGGACAUAACGACUAACACAUGGAAGCAAAUUGCAGGAGCUUUGAAACAGAUCGACUCAGGACCCAAGGGAAUUGUCUGCGGUGUCAACAGUAUUGAUAAAAUAUACUGUCGUAAGGGAAUGACUGACGCUGCACUUGACGGCACAGACUGGAUUGAAGUCGACGGAUCCCUGAAGUACAUCUCAUGUGGCGAGUAUGGACAUUGGGGAGUAAACAAGAACAACCAGAUCUUCUUCCGAGAAGGUGUAACCGUCGCCUUACCUCAAGGCACAGGCUGGAAAUUAGUCGAAGGCAGUUUGGUUCAACUUGAAGCAGGACCUGAUGGCAAGGUUUGGGGUGUCAACAGUAAGAACGAGUUGUAUCGCAGAUCUGGUGUAAGUGCGGCUGUUCCAAUGGGUACAUCUUGGAUGAAAAUUGGUGGAAUGUCGUUGAAAUUCGUCACAGUUGGCAAAGAUCAGUUGUACAGUAUUGAUCUCGGUAAUAUGGUCUUCAGUGGAACAUUGGAGAGAGUUGGAGCUGGUCAGAAACUUCCAAUUUUGAAGCCACCAACUCUUAUCGGAGGUCCUGGAAGUCUUCCGCCUCAGAACCUGAUGAUGACAAUACAGGUAUCCUGGAGGCCUCUGAGUAAAUCUAUGACUCAAAUUGACACUGGAAUGACGCCAUCAACUUGGGCAGUAGACGCCAACAAUGAUAUCUACGAACUGAAGGGCGAUGUUUUCGUGCAAGUGGCUGGUAAACUCAGCCACGUUUCAUCUGGUGGUGCUGGUGUUUGGGGUGUGACCACAGCUUCACACAUCUACUAUAGAGACAUGGCGACUACCAGUUGGAAGAAGAUUGAAGGAGGUUUGAAGCAGAUCGAUUCAGGACCCAAGGGAAUUGUUUGCGGCGUCAGCAGUAUUGAUGAAAUUUACUGUCGUACGGGAAUAACUGACGCUGCACUUGACGGCACAGGCUGGAAUAAAGUUGACGGAUCCCUGAAGUACAUCUCAUGUGGCGAGUAUGGACAUUGGGGAGUAAACAAGAACAACCAGAUCUUCUUCCGUGAAGGUGUAACCGUCGCCUUACCUCAAGGCACAGGCUGGAAAUUAGUCGAAGGUAGUUUGGUUCAACUUGAAGCAGGACCUGACGGCAAAGUUUGGGGUGUCAACAGUAAGAACGAGUUGUAUCGCAGAUCUGGAGUAAGCGCGGCUGUUCCAAUGGGUACAUCUUGGAUGAAAAUUGGUGGAAUGUCGUUGAAAUUCGUCACAGUUGGCAAAGAUCAGUUGUACAGUAUUGAUCUCGGUAAUAUGGUCUUCGGCGGAACGCUGCAAAGAGUUGGACCUGUUCAGAAACUGCCACUUCCAGUCGUAAAACCACCACCUCUUAUUGGAGGACCUGGAAGUCUUCCACCUCAAAAUCUGAUGAUGAAAAUACAUGUAUCCUGGAGGUCCCUGAGUAAAUCUAUGAUUCAAAUUGACACUGGGAUGACGCCAUCAACUUGGGCAGUAGACGCCAACAAUGAUAUCUACGAACUGAAGGGCGAUGUUUUCGUGCAAGUGCCUGGUGAACCUGGUAAACUCAGCCACGUUUCAUCUGGUGGUGCUGGUGUUUGGGGUGUGAAUGCAGCUUCACACAUCUACUAUAGAGAUAUGGCGACUAACAGUUGGAAGAGGAUUCAAGGAGGUUUGAAGCAGAUCGAUUCAGGGCCCAAGGGAAUUGUCUGCGGCGUCAACAGUAUUGAUGAAAUUUAUUGUCGUACGGGAAUAACUGACGCUGCACUUGACGGGACAGGCUGGAUUAAAGUUGACGGAUCCCUGAAGUACAUCUCAUGUGGCGAGUAUGGACAUUGGGGAGUAAAGAAGAACAACCAGAUCUUCUUCCGUGAAGGUGUAACCGUCGCCUUACCUCAAGGCACAGGCUGGAAAGCAGUCGAAGGUAGUUUGGUUCAACUUGAAGCAGGACCUGACGGCAAGGUUUGGGGUGUCAACAGUAAGAACGAGUUGUAUCGCAGAUCUGGAGUAAGCGCGGCUGUUCCAAUGGGUACAUCUUGGAUGAAAAUUGGUGGAAUGUCGUUGAAAUUCGUCACAGUUGGCAAAGAUCAGUUGUACAGUAUUGAUCUCGGUAAUAUGGUCUUCAGCGGAACGUUGAAAAGAAUUGGAGCUGGUCAAUCACCAACUCUCAUUGGAGGACCCGGAGUUCUUCCACCCCAGAAAGUGUUUAAGCCACCAACUCUUAUUCCCCCACCAAAAAUGAUGAUGUCAAUACAUGUAUCCUGGAGGCCUCUGAGGAACCCCAUGGUUCAAAUCGACACUGGAAUGACGCCAUCAACUUGGGCAACCAACGCCAACAAUGAUAUCUUCGAACUGAAGGGCGAUGUUUUCGUGCAAGUGACUGAUGAACCUGGUAAACUCAGCCACGUCUCAUCUGGUGGUGCUGGUGUUUGGGGUGUGAAUGCAGCUUCAAACAUCUACUAUAGAGACAUGGCGAAUACGAAAUGGAAGAAGAUUGAAGGAGGUUUGAAGCAGAUCGAUUCGGGACCCAAGGGAAUUGUCUGUGGCGUCAGCAGUAUUGAUGAAAUAUACUGUCGUACGGGAAUAACUGACGCUGCACUUGACGGGACAGGCUGGAUUAAAGUUGACGGAUCCCUGAAGUACAUCUCAUGUGGCGAGUAUGGACAUUGGGGAGUAAACAAGAACAACCAGAUCUUCUUCCGUGAAGGUGUAACCGUCGCCUUACCUCAAGGCACAGGCUGGAAAGCAGUCGAAGGUAGUUUGGUUCAACUUGAAGCAGGACCUGACGGCAAGGUUUGGGGUGUCAACAGUAAGAACGAGUUGUAUCGCAGAUCUGGAGUAAGCGCAGCUGUUCCAAUGGGUACAUCUUGGAUGAAAGUUGGUGGACUACCUUUGAAGUUUAUUACAGUUGGUAGAGAUCAGUUGUAUGGAGUUGAUCUUAGUAGUACAGUGUUCAGUGGAACAUUGAAAAGAAUUGUACCUGGUCAGACACCGCCGAUUGUCGGUGGACCAGGGUCUCUUCCUCCAACUCAGACACUGCCAGCUCCUAAAAUGUGGAAUCUAAUUCCGCUCGAUCCGAAGAUAGAGAAAAUCGUUCAGAUAGAUUCGGGUAUAACCAAUGCAGUUUGGGCCAUCAACAUUCGUAAUGCUGUGUACAUGCUGAAAGACCUUAGUAAAUGGAUCUACGUCCCUACCAACCAGAAGUACGUCACGGCUGGGGAGUCUGGGGUUUGGGCAAUCGGCAACAAAGACGAAAUACAACUUCGCGUUGGCGUUACCGACGCGUUGCCUGACGGGAAACAAUGGUACACCAUCACUGGCAAACUCAGGCAGAUCGACUCUGGACCAUUAGGCGUACUCUGUGGAAUAAAUAAACAACAAGUUAUUUAUUGCCGUGGUGGAGUCACACUGCUUGAUCCCAAGGGAACCGGGUGGACUAUUGUUCCAUUCGAGAAGAAGCCUAAGCAUAUGUCUUGUGGAGAGUUUGGAUGUUGGGUCGUGACCACGAGCAAUAAGGUUUACUUCAGACAAGGGCAAACUCAGUCAGUACCCACAGGAACGACAUGGAUGCUUGUCGAAGGCCAACUAACCCAACUUGACGCUGGACCAGGUGGACAGGUGUGGGGUGUAACGCCUACUGGUGGAAUAAAAAGCAGGGCGGGUGUGAGCGCAGCUAAUCCAACUGGAACCACAUGGAACGACGAGAAACCAUCUGGAUACUCGCACGUCUCCGUUGGUAAACUUGGUGUCUUCGCUGUCACCGUCGCCGGCGGUGUCGAACAUUUGCCUAUAUCGUCGGGCGUUGCAACAGUUGUAAAGCCUAGUCAGCCUCUUCCAGUUCUUGGCGGACCAGGAUCACUGCCACCUCAGACUAAACCAGCGCUUGUUGGUGGACCAGGAUCAUUACCACCUCAGACUAAACCAGCGCUUGUUGGUGGACCAGGAUCACUUCCGCCUCAGACUAAACCAGCGCUUGUUGGUGGACCAGGAUCACUUCCGCCUCAGACUAAACCAGCUGUUGUUGGCGGACCAGGAUCAUUACCACCUCAGACUAAACCAGCUAUGGUUGGCGGUCCAGGGUCACUACCGCCCCAGAAAAAGCCAGUGGAAGACGAGAUGAUGGACGAUACCUCUACGAUGGGCGAUACCUCUACGAUGGGCGAUACCUCUACGAUGGGCGAUAACGGCAUGUCUGAAGAGCAACAGGAAACAGAUGAAAUGAACCAGCAAAGAGAUCAGACGAUGGCAAACAUGAAACAUCCCACAAAAGUGAAAACAUGCAGUGACAGUUACACUAAAUGCCGUAUCUAUGCCUCUCAUGGAAUGUGCGAUGAUCCUGACAGCAGAACGUCCAUGAUUGAAAUUUGUCCAAAAUCUUGCAAGGCCUGUUAACGAUUUAUUAAUUCAAUCAUCGUUAAGAAUGCUGAUAAAUUUUAAUAAUUAAUUUAAUAUGUUAAAUAUUCAACUAAUAUUAUAUAUAAGUAUAUCCGUAAAUUACUAAGUUUGUUGUACAAAUAAUUAAAUAGCAAAUUAUUUUUGUUGAAAUUAAAUGUAAAAUAUUAUUUAGACCUAGAUUUUGUGUGUAAAUAUAUACCAUAAAUUUGUGUAUUGUCGGAGCUCGUUGUUUGAAGCCCGUUUAGCAUAAACUGGCAGGUGUAGUGAUAGUUUUUCCAUUUAUUAAACAGCCAAGAUGAAAUAUUUCAAUCCGAGAAGAGUAUUAAAUAUCUGCGUCGCAAUAUUUAACGAUUUAAAGUCCAUUCUCCCAAAACGUGAAAAAUAAAUAUUUUGACAUGAUGCACGUUUAUGCUAAACGACCUUCAUAUACAACCACUCGUAUAAAAACAAUUUACGAAA